AAUUCACACACAUCUAAGAGCUCCUUACCAAACAUGGAGUUCUUGGGGCUUCGAUUUCGAACAAUGUUGUUCUUGUUUGCCUUCUUGUAUCCCGCAUUCGUCGAGUCCUUGAUUCGACACUAUAAAUUCAGUGUGGUCUACAAGAACACAACAAAUCUUUGUUCCUAUAAGCCCAUCGUCACCGUGAACGGGAAGUUCCCCGGACCAACCCUCUACGCAAGGGAAGAUGAUACUGUAAUUGUAAGGGUCACCAACCAUGUGAAAUACAAUGUCACAAUCCACUGGCAUGGGGUAAAACAACGUGGAACAGGUUGGUCAGACGGGCCAGCAUACAUCACACAAUGCCCCAUACAGCCUGGCCAAAACUACAUCUACAAUUUCACACUUACAGGCCAAAGAGGCACCCUUCUUUGGCAUGCACACGACUCUUGGCUAAGGGCCACUCUACAUGGUGCUAUCGUCAUCUUACCUAAGAGAAGCACUCCUUACCCUUUUCCCACACCUGAUGAGGAAAAAAUUAUCAUCAUGGCUGAAUGGUGGAAAUCAGAUGUUGAAGAUGUGAUCAAUCAAGCUACACAGUCUGGCCUGCCACCAAAUGUCUCAGAUGCACACACCAUCAAUGGCCGCGUAGGACCACUUCCUGGUUGCUCUUCUCAGGGGGGCUACACUUUACAUGUUGAAAAUGGCAAGACCUACAUGCUACGCAUUGUGAACGCUGCGAUAAACGAUGAAUUGUUCUUCAAGGUAGCAGGGCACAACCUAACCGUUGUAGAAGUCGACGCCUCCUACACCAAGCCGUUCCAAACUGACACAAUAUACACCGGUCCAGGUCAAACCACAAACGUAAUUCUAACAGCAAACCAGGGGAUUGGCAAGUACUUCAUAACAGCGUCUCCUUUCAUGGACGCACCAAUUGGGUUCGACAAUGCAACUGUGAUCGCUACUUUGCGCUACAAAGGCACCCCGGCAAAUCCCACAGCUAUCUUAACCAGCAUUCCUCCUCGCAAUGCAACCCCGUUAACAGACGCUUUUGUUGACUCCCUUCGAAGCCUCAAUUCGAAACAAUACCCAGCCGAUGUCCCAUUAACUAUAGACCAUUCGCUUUUUUUCACCAUUUCAGUUGGUGCAAAUCCAUGUGCUGCAUGUGUCAGUGGAAGCAAACUAGUAUCUGCCAUCAACAAUGUUAGCUUCGUGAUGCCAAGUAUCUCUCUCCUUCAAGCAUAUUACUACAACGUAAAGGGAGUCUACACACUUGAUUUUCCGGCAAACCCUCCAAUUCCUUUUAAUUACACCGGCACAUCUCCGGCGAACCUUCAGACCACAAACGGGACAAGACUAUACCGGCUGGAGUAUAAUUCGACGGUUCAGAUUGUGUUGCAAGGCACUGCUAUCAUAGCACCAGAGAGCCAUCCAACCCAUCUUCAUGGAUUCAAUUUCUUUGUGGUUGGGAAAGGAUUAGGUAAUUUUGAUCCAAAGAAGGACCCAGAAAAAUUUAAUCUUGUUGACCCAGUUGAGAGGAACACAGUAUCAGUACCUACUGCUGGAUGGACUGCAAUCAGAUUCAGAGCAAAUAAUCCAGGCAUUUGGUUCCUGCAUUGUCACUUGGAAGUUCACACAUCAUGGGGGCUGAAGAUGGCAUUCUUAGUGGAAAACGGAGAAGGACAAAACGAGUCUCUGCCACCACCUCCGACUGAUCUUCCAACCUGCUAGAAUUUCCAAUCCGAACGGCUUUUGAAUCGAGGCUGGAGGCUCGAGACAUCGAAAGAGUGAGUGUUCCAGGUAGAAUAUGAACUGAAUUGAGAAGCACACAAUUGAAAAGAUGGUUUGGUACAGGGAAUGAAACAGAAGCAGCUGCUUAAAAGAGUGAAUAAGUUUGUCAAUUUUUGAAUUUCUUGUACUUUGUCAAUUUUUUGUGUUGAAUUUAGUUUCACACAUAUAUAUAAUAAAUGUUUGGUC